AUGCCCUUGUUAGACCGAAAAAUAAAAGUGCGUAAUGCACUAUUACUGCAAGUAUAUAUACGCUAUUCACAUCUUUUACGCAACAUCGUCGAAGAGAGUAAUGCUGCCAAUGCAAGCGGCGGGUCACAUACUCCUGAGGUUCGACAGAAGAUAAAACGCAUCAUGAUGCAGCAUGUCAAGCGUAAAUGUGGAAGUGGUGGUAAAAGAUAUAACAAAUGUCCUAGUAUAAACACAACACGGAAAAUUAAACGAUCGGUUACACCUACUACAGCGAAUGAAUCGUUAAUUGACGUACAGUGGGGAUCGUAUUGGAUGGGUUUGAUAACAAUUGGUACGCCAGGACAAUCGUUCUAUGUUGAUUUCGAUACCGGAUCAGGUGAUCUUUGGGUACCAGCCGCGCAGUGUAACCAUUCGUGUGGUGGUAAUCAUACAUUUAUCAGUGGUUCAUCAUCAACCUUCAAAUCUUUGAAUAAAACGUUCUACAUUCUAUAUGGCGACGGUAGCUAUGUGAAUGGAUCAUGGGCUAAUGAAACAGUCAACAUUGCGGGCAUAUCUAUUGCUAAGCAAUCUUUUGCUAUGGCUACUUCCGCUGUAGGCAUGAGUUCGCGCGCAUCAGAUGGAUUAUUGGGAAUGAGUUAUCAAAGCAUUGCAACUGGCGGUGAAAAUCCGGUAGUAUGGUCGAUGUAUCUCGCUGGUGAGCUCAGUCUUCCAAUUUUUGGUUUUUGGUUUGGACCAAUAUCGACCGGGUCUGACACGGGUGAACUGAUCUUGGGUGGUUACGAUACAACAAAAUAUACUGGUAGUUUUACAUAUGCCAAUGUAAAUGUCAAAGGUUACUGGGAAUUUGUUGCCGACAGUGUCAGCCUGACAGUUGGAUCGACCACAACCACUGUAGCCACAUCAAUUAAUGCUAUUUUGGAUACUGGAACAACAGUUGCUAUUGCAGCUCCGCCAACUUACGCAAAUGCCAUCUAUUCGGCAUUAGGAGCAACAUACAAUUCAUCGAUCGGAUGGUACACAGUUAACUGCCAAACAAAACCCUUAUCAGCAUUUCCAAAUAUAACAAUAACAAUCACUAGUACUUCAUUCGUAUUGACACCGUUGAUGUAUAUUCAAAUUGCAGGCGGUCCUUCGAACUAUAUAUGUUACGUCGUUAUACAGUCGAUCACUGCAAACGAUGCCAAUUCGAAUCCAAUUUGGAUUCUCGGUGAUUUCUUCAUGCGACAUUUCUACAGUGUCUUUGACAUGCAAAAUAAUCGCGUCGGAUUGGCACUGUCAACAUCAUACGGAGUUGUAGCAACACCACCCAGUACUUUAUUUCAAACAACCACGACACUGUAUCCUCCAUCGUCGACAAAUUCCGCGUCAACAACAUCCGCAGCAUCGACUACUACUGUUGCAACGUUGCCGGCACAAUGCUACAAUUACACAACAAUUGCUGAUGCCGCACGUUUAACUACACAAGGAUCAGGCAACGGUUGUGAUUCAAGUGUUUUUAACAGUGUCAGUGGAAAUGUUCCGUCCUAUGUUCGGUUUGCUAGUCCUGGCGGUACACAAUUGGCUACUUCAGCACCAAAUUCAGGCCAAGGACAGGUGUGCGGAACACUCGCAGCAGGUUGGACUAAUGCAACGUAUCCGACAACUCUUGGUCAAACUAUAAAUGCCUUUGCUUGUUUCGCCUACGGCGGUAACGCUUGUUUCGGAUAUGUUUACUGGAUCAAAAUAACGAAAUGCAAUGGAUACUAUGUACAUGGCUUAUAUGCACCGGGAGCGUGCGCUUAUCGAUAUUGUACGCAAUGA